UGCGCAAUUUGACACGAGCACCCUGGCCCGAUAUAUACAAGGCGUCUGACUCGACUUUGUGAUCACUCUCAAUCGCAAACUCUCAGAGGAUUUGCUCGAGACACUCUAUCAUCAGAAACCAUGGAGAAUAUCAUCUCUCAUUGUGGAUUAACUGGCGCAAUCACCGGAGGAAACUCUGUUCAACAGCCCGCUAAUUUGUGGAGACCUUGGGAUGCCAAAGUAGGCAGGGAAUGCAGGGACGCGACACACAUGCCUUACACAAAGACCAUUGGAGGAUUUCCAGACACCAAACACUGCAAGAGUCCUCAGAUCACUCACCCAGUAAAGUUGUUCUGGCCCAAAUCGAGAUGCUUCGAUUAUCUGUACCAGGAUGCAGAGAUGCUUCUGCGCAACUACCCAGUCCAAACAACGAUCUGCCUCUACGAAGACUCGAGCAGUGAUGAUGAUGAUGAGGACGAUAGUGAUGAUGACGAGGAAGAAGACAGCGUGAAGGAGCUGAAUCUAAAAAAGCCCUUUCUCUCCAAUUGAAAAAACGCUGAAUGUAUAUUUUAAUAUGAAAUUAUAAUAUAUUCGUGCAUAAUUUAUUUUUUGUAAAUAUCUGUAAAUUUGCCAUAUGACUAACGAAUGACUAACACAUUUGUCAGGGUAAACAGCAUUUUAUAUUUAUAUUUCAUAAUGGCCUACCUUUAUUUAAU